GUGGCUACGGUCGCGCUCGCGCUCUCGCCCCCCCGCCUUUCUAGCGUUGCAUGAUGGGGAUAGAUCCCGAUCCCCCAAAGCAGCAAUCGCCGUCGCCUUUUCGAUCUCUGAGGAAAGGAAAGGGAGGGGGAAGAAGAAGGAGACGAUCUCCGUCGAUCUCCCCGCCGGCCGCGUGAUUGGAUCCAAAAAAAAAAAGCCUUUAAGACGUCCUAGGUUGCGAUUGGAUCAUGAGUUCGUCAGGAACCGAGACCGAUUCACUGGCCUCACGGCAAUCCAAGAAGCCCAAAUAUUCCAAGUUCACGCAGCAGGAGCUUCCGGCAUGGAAACCACUCUAUACUCCUGGAAUUGUCAUCGGUGCCUUCUCCCUCAUCGGCAUCGUCUUCAUCCCGAUAGGGCUCGCUUCCAUGGCAGCAUCGCAGGAGGUUGUUGAAUUAGUGGACAAAUAUGAUGUGGAGUGUGUGACGGCUAGUGACAAGGUUGGGUUCAUUCAGGAUGCCAAGACUAACAAGGCCUGCACCAGAACGAUUACUGUGCCCAAACCUAUGAAAGGCCCCAUACAAGUUUACUACCAGCUGGAGAACUUCUACCAAAACCAUCGGCGGUACGUAAAGAGCCGGAGCGAUAAACAACUGCGUGACAAUGAAUCUGCGAGUGUGAUAAAAACCUGUGAACCUGAAGGCACCAGUGAAGGAGGUGCCCCAAUUGUGCCAUGUGGCCUCAUAGCAUGGAGCCUGUUCAAUGACACCUACACAUUUUCCGUCAACAAGAAGGCUGUCCAGGUGAACAAAAAGAACAUAGCCUGGGGCAGUGACAGGAGCAGCAAGUUUGGCAGUGAUGUUUUCCCCAGUAAUUUUCAGAAAGGAGGGCUCAUAGGUGGUGGUCAGUUAAAUGAGAAAUUACCAUUGAGUGAGCAGGAGGAUCUCAUUGUCUGGAUGAGAACCGCUGCCCUCCCAACAUUCAGAAAGCUCUACGGCAGGAUCGAGACGGACAUCAUGGCAAGCGAUGAAAUCACGGUGGUGAUACAGAACAACUACAACACGUACAGCUUUGGGGGCGCCAAGGCGCUGGUCCUCUCGACCACUUCAUGGAUCGGUGGCAAGAACAACUUCAUCGGCUGCGCGUACGUGGCUACAGGUAGCAUCUCCCUCCUCGUCGCGUUGGCCUUCGUUGUCCUCAACGUGGUCAAGCCAAGGACACUCGGCGACCCCUCGUAUCUGUCAUGGAACAAGGAGAACCCAGAUUAUCUCCACUGAAACUCUGAUGAAGUGACCAGGCUGCUGCGUUCAUGUGCGGUGGCCGUUCCGACGAGACGACGAGAAAAAUUUAGAAAAAUAGGCCUUUAAUCAUGGUGUUUCGUAGAUUUAUCCCUAGGCCCAUAUUUCAUAAGCACAAAUGGUGUUUAGAGACUCAUUUUCACAAAUCUCCCAAAUAAAGGUGAAUAUAAUAGCGUUGGCCCAGCCAAUUCUUGUCCGUUAUAUGGACAACCAGCCCGGCCCGUUUAGGACUACCGAGUUUCGAGUUUUCAAUCGUGUUUUCCAGCCACAAAAUCAGGAAUAUAUUGUCCCCUAGCUUCUAAAACUAGUGUAAAUCGAAUUUCGAGCAUUUUUAGCUGUGGAAGCGUCUACAUGGCUUGUUUAAU